AUGGCAGCUACGAUGGGACUGGGCUUGUUGCCCAUGAUCAAAUGCUCCAAUUGUGGCAUUGACGUUGAGAUCUCGGCCAUGGGAGAUCAUGUCUGUGCGAAAUCAGAGCCAGUUGCUCCCCCGCCGUCCUCAAAGUCCGACUAUGAUGCUCUACCGAGAAACACGGGGCGAACGGGUCCUCCUGCUCCCAUCAACCCUUCGGUUGCUAACCGACCCUUCCUGCGACCGGAAAAUGCCAUCGGUGUCAACGAACCGGCCGGCCUCUCCCCGCAACCCUCCCCGCUGCGACUAGUUCAGCAGAGCCAAACAGCCGUUCCAAUUCAACCACAUACGUCAGAGAUUGUUACCGUCGGCUCGGAUGACCUUCCUCGCUUUCCUCUACCGCGUUCCAUGUCAGACAAAGAGUCCGGUGCCAUGACCCCGUUGGCCGAUUCAAACCCGAUCCCGCCCAUACCCUCCCAUUCAUAUACCAACAGCAACAGCAGACCUCCGGCGACUGCCCCCCUUCCGAUAGACCUGAGUGGCGAUGCUCCGCCGCCACCAUUGCCCAAGGAUGAGCCGUCGUCUCUGCCGAGAAUUUCGCACAAGUAUGGGAGCUCAAUCGACAGCAAGAGUAGUUACCGGACUUCAUUCGCAAGCUCUCGUUAUGGCGACGGCAGCUCGAAGCGAUCGACCGCGAUGUCCGGUCGGCGACCGUCUUUUGGGAGUGUCAACCAACCGUACAAGUACAUGCAGGACGACGCGCCUCCUGUCCCUUCUCUGCACCACACGUCGUAUUCCGUGUCGGACUACAACAUGUCGCGUGAGUCGAGAAAUGAUCGACAGGAGGACGGUGGGAGUUUUACUUUGGGAGGCUGGCAUCAAACGAACUUGCAAACCGGCAAUCAGCAGUUGAACUCUGGUCCGCUGCGGGUAUCAUCGCACACCGAUUCGGAUCGUCUCAGCAGCAACCGAGGAUCUGCCGAGUUGUUCUUCCGGAGCCCGUCACAAACGUCAUUUGAACGCUUACCUGACCCCCCUGAGUACCCUGAGCGUUCUACCUCUAUCAACCCCCCAACCGAGUACAAGCCGUUUAAAUCUCCUACCACUGGCACAUACUUGCAUCCCUCGACCCCGGACGUCGACAGUCAGGGUUAUGGUGAUGCGCAGAGGAAACCGUCUGACGCUACAAGCGAAGGAGCUCUCUCCGUAUCAAACUUUGCUCGUUCUUUGGGGUUGGACAUGCCGGAACAGGCCCCCGAGAACUCGACGGUAUCCUCGGAAUCAUCGCCGUCGGACCUGCGCAGCGGAACAUCCUUUUCCAGCGUCGCGUCGGAAGCCGGCACGCGUCGAAAGCCUUCGGAAGAAGCUCGACUGGGGCCCGUGAUCGAAGAGCCACGGAUUGACACGCGCCAGCAGUAUGGUCUGCACACAGGGGACCAGACUGAAAGCCCGAUUGACCUCGAGCCCCCUCAUCUUCGGGACCCUCUUUUCAGUCCGGACUCCCCUACCGACCCUGCCAUUCUUUACGGCAGCGUCUCUUUGCUCCCGGAUAAAACCCACAAGGCUCUUCCGGAGCUCCCAAGCAAAAUGCGGUCCGCCACAGGGCCGAUGUCUCACACUCAGAACAAGCAAUCCCAGGACAAGAACCUCCCGGAGCUGCCACGGUCUGCAACGGCUCCGCUGUCUCAUACCGCCAACAAACAAUCGCAGGACAAGAACCUUCCGGUCGUACCGGCUCUGGCACCCCCGAUUUCCGCCUUCGAGGAUGAGCCGUCUCGGGGGACUAGGUUCUUCCCUGACCUAGACGCGCCCAUUCCUUCGCCCUCUCACAUUCCUAAGAAGCCAUCAUGGACCGAGCGGCUUUCUCCGGAGCGACUAAGGUCGAAGCCAUCGAUCUCCCACAUCUCCAAAAAGCAGUCACGUGAGGAGAACAUUGUGCCCGACUUCCGCCGCCCGUCUCCCGAACCACAUCACGUGCCUCAGCGACCAUCGCGGGAGAAUGUCCCUGACUUGCGCCAGCCUUCGCCGGAGCCCUCGUUUGCCAAGGAGUUGGUCCAGGAGAAACCCUACCCUAAUAUUCCUGGAUUCUCAGUCGAGCAGCCGUUCCAUAUUUCCAGGAAAUCAUCAACGGAUGAGACGUCCACGCCACCGUCAGCCUUCCAUUUCCCACUGAAGCCGUCACAGGAUGAGAAAUUGCCAUCAAUUUCGACGUCCUUCCCCGAACCAUACCACGUCCAGAAUAAGCUGUCGGGAGAGAAUAAGCUCACCCCAGUAGUGUCGGGCUUCCUGCCGGAAGCGCCUUUCCAUAUCGCCAAGAAGCCCUCUUGGAUUGAUAGAUUCACGCCGGAGGUGACGAGAUCGCCAACGCCGCCCAUUUCUCACAGCGCAAAGUCAUCUCAGGACGAGCAUUCGCCGCCGCAACGAUCCAAGUCACCGGCUCCUCCUAUCCACUUGCAGAACAAAGCGUCUCAGGACGACAAGUACUUGCCAGAGCUGCCGAAAUCCCCGGCUGAGCCUUCUCACGCUUUUAAUAAGCUGUCUCAGGACGAUAAAUAUCUCCCAGAGCUGCCGCAGCCUACAUCGGAGCCUCCUUUCCACAUCUCCAACAAGCCCUCUCAGAGCAAUCGGCUUUCGCCUGAGCUGGUUAGGUCCCCGCCUCCGGCUUCUCACAUUGCCAGCAAACCCUCCCAGGAUGACAAAUAUCUGCCGGAACUACCGCAGCCCACUCCGGAACCUUUUAUUCCUCACGUUCCCAGCAAACCGCCCCAGAGCGAUCGCCUCUCUCCGGAACUGGCGAGAUCACCUCCGCCCUCUCAUUUCAACAAGUUGUCCCAGGAUGACAAGUCUCUUCCCAGGCUGCCAGAGCCGUCCCCCUUGUUCAAGCCAUCCUGGGAUGGCAGACGCUCUCCCGAACCUCCUAAAUCCAAGACUUCGGAGCCGUCCCACUUCCCUCAGAAGCCCAUUCGGGAUCCUAGGCUCUCCCCAGAACCUCCACGAUCGGCCCCGCCGCCGUCUCACAUCCGUCAGCCUUCACGCAACGAGAGGGCAUUCCCUGAACCGAGAUCCGCAGAACCACGAUUCGCGCAGGAAGGUUCUCACCUUCACAAUCAACCCUCGCACGACGAGAAAACUUCUCCCGAGCUGCUGAACGCUUCCAUCGAUCCGGCCGCGCGGUUGUCGCCACGUCCUAAGGGGCCAUGCCGAGGCUGCGGCGAGGUGAUCCUCGGGAAAUCUGUAUCUUCUGCGGACGGGCGUCUUACGGGCCGUUACCAUAAGGAGUGCUUCGUUUGUUACCAAUGCCGCAUUCCCUUCCGAACGGCAGACUUCUAUGUCCUGCGUGAUCUGCCAUUCUGCGCUCAGCACUAUCACGAGCGCAACGGCUCUCUCUGCCAGGGCUGUCUCACUGGUAUCGAGGGACAGUUCCUAGAGACAAAUGAACGACAGGGCCGCGGCCCAGGUGACCGGCGGAGAUAUCAUCCCCAGUGCCUGACCUGCCGCACUUGCAACGUUCUACUGAACGGAGAAUACUUCGAAUGGAACGGACAAGUCUACUGCGAACGUGAUGCUCGCAGGGCCGCCGCGUCGACUCCCCCUCCACGCAUGCGUCGCCCAACCAUGAACUCGUCGCCAUUGGCUGCACACUCUCGAGGGCCCUCCCGAGGAUAUCCUCCUCCACCAGGCUAUCCUGGUAGAGGUCGAGGUGGACCUCGUCCGCCAGUGCCGAGGAUGCCAGAUACCUUGCCAGACGUUGAGAUUCCGGGAAUGCCAGGACCAGCGUUCCUUGACGGACGUUACGGGCCACCUCCAACUACCCGACGUUUCCCAGAACGACGAACCACCAAAUUAAUGAUGCUAUGA